AUGGGAAGGGGAAAGUUCAAGGCCAAGCCCACUGGUCGCCGCAACUUUUCUAGCCAUGAAGACAUGGUUGCUGGCACCUCCACCCGUCCUAGGACAUUUAGACAGAAAGAAGCUGAGAAUGAAGAGGAGCCAUCUAAGGAAGUUUCCGAGGACGAGUCUGAAGAAGAACCUGAAGAUGAAAAUACUAAGGCAAAGGGUGUUCAAGGGGUUAUUGAAAUUGAAAAUCCUAACUUGGUAAAGCCCAAGAACAUUAAAGCCAGAGACAUUGAUAUUGGGAAAACCAGUGAGCUUUCAAGGCGUGAAAGAGAGGAGAUAGAGAAACAAAGAGCUCAUGAGCGCUACAUGAAACUUCAAGAGCAAGGAAAAACAGAACAAUCCAGGAAAGAUCUAGAUCGUUUAGCUCUGAUACGUCAAGAAAGAGCUGAAGCUGCUAAAAAGCGAGAAGAAGAGAGAUUGGCCAAAGAACAAAAGAAAACCGAAGCUCGCAAGUAA